AUGGAACACCUCAAAACACUCCUAAUUGCGAACAGAGGGGAGAUAGCAUGCCGUAUUAUCAAGACAGCCAGGCAAGUUCAUAACUCUCCACGCCUGAGCAUCAAGACUGUAGCUAUCUACACCGAGCCAGAUUCAGCAUCAGAACACGUUGCUGAAGCAGACGUUUCCCUGCUCCUUGAUGGUGACGCUUCGAGAGCCUAUCUCGACGGUGAUCAGAUCGUACAAAGAGCAAGAAAUGCUGGCGCACAAGCUAUCAUUCCCGGGUAUGGAUUUCUGUCUGAGAAUGCCGACUUCGCUCGCUCCGUCGCUGCGGCAGGGCUGGACUUUGUCGGCCCUAGUCCAGAAAGUAUCGAGCAGUUCGGGCUGAAACACAUGGCGCGAGAGCUGGCAUUGGCUGCUGACGUGCCUGUCGUUCCGGGCACGAAGGGACUGCUGAUGAAUGUCAACGACGCCGCGAAGGCAGCAGAGGGGCUUGGAUAUCCUGUGAUGCUCAAGUCCACAGCCGGCGGCGGCGGGAUGGGCUUGCAGACUUGCGCAGACGAAAGCGAGCUGAGAAAGGCAUUUCAGACGGUGAAAUCCCGUGGAGAGGCUCUCUUCAAGAAUGCGGGCGUGUUUCUGGAAAAAUACUACCCUGCUGCUCACCAUAUCGAGGUGCAAGUCUUUGGCAAUGGCCAGGGCAAGGUUGCGACGCUUGGUGAAAGGGAGUGUAGUAUCCAGCGCAGGCAUCAAAAGGUGAUCGAAGAAUGUCCCAGCCCCUUCGUGGCGCAGAAGAGGCCUGACUUACGAAAACAACUCUGUGCUGCUGCCACGUCGCUAGCAGAGUCUAUUAAGUAUUCUAGUGCAGGAACUCUUGAAUUCCUGGUUGAUGAUGAGAGCGGUGCUUUCUUCUUCCUGGAGAUGAACACCAGAUUGCAGGUGGAGCACGGGGUAACGGAGAUGGCCUAUGGAGUUGACCUCGUGGAGCUGAUGCUUCGCCAGGCAGACGCGCAACUGGCAGGCAAAGGAGGGCUGGAAGUAACUGAGCUGGAAGACCUCUCGAGAUCGUGUCAAGAGCCAAAGGGGCAUGCGAUCGAAGUGCGAGUCUACGCUGAGAAUCCGGCCAGAGAAUACGCCCCUUCUCCGGGACUCUUGCAGCAGGUCACCUUCCAUGAGCUCCCAGGAACACGUAUUGACAGCUGGGUUCGAGCCGGACUCACCGUCAGUCCUAAUUAUGAUCCGUUACUGGCAAAAGUGCUUCAUCUUUCACAAAGCAGAUCGCAAACUGUCGAGGAGCUUACGACAGUGCUCUCAAGGUCAUCCAUUUGUGGACCCCCUACCAAUCUCGAUUUUCUACUUGCAAUUCUGAACUCUCCAGAGUUCAAGUCUGGCAACACUAUUACACAGUUCCUCUCUACCUUUGUGUUCCGUCCUUCGGCCAUCGACGUGCUAGCUGGAGGCUCCUACACUCUCGUCGAAGACUAUCCAGGCCGGCCAACUAUCGGCAGAGGCUUUGGACAUGGCGGACCAAUGGAUCCAAUGUCAUUUCAAAUUGCUAACGCUCUUGUUGGCAAUCCUCUUGGAAUGGAAGGCCUGGAAAUCACACUAACUGGACCAGAUCUCAAAUUCUUGGCGGAUGCUAUCGUGUCUCUCACUGGUGCAGCCAUCUCCGCCACACUCGAUGGCAAGGAGUUCCCUAUGUGGCGUCGCAUGAGGAUAUCUGCAGGACAGCGCCUGACUAUCGGGAAGACCCUGUCUAAUGCGGGAUGCAGGUCUUACUUGGCAGUGUACGGGGGCUUUCUGAAUGUUGCAGAGUGGUUUGGAUCCAAGGCGACGGUACCACUGACACUGGUCGGUGGUUAUCAGGGUCGUCCGAUAGCGAAAGGAGACAUUCUUCGUAUCGUGGACGAACUUCCUCCAGAUCCAGAAACAACUUGGGCAAUACCCGCGAGCAUUUUGCCAAAACAUCAGGAGCAUUGGGUUCUGCAUGUCAUGCAUGGACCGUACUGUGAGGAAUACAUUUCUCCCGAGGAUAUUGACAUGUUCUACAAUACAGAUUGGGAGGUCUCCCACAAUGCUGCUCGAGGCGGCAUCCGACUCACUGGGCCUCGGCCCAAAUGGGCCAGGCGGUCGGGGGGAGAAGGCGGCUCGCACCCCAGCAAUGUCAUUGAGUACGGCUACCCUAUAGGAGGCAUUAACUUUACUGGGGACGAACCAGUUAUCUUCCCAAAUGAUUGUCCCGAUUUCGGGGGCUUUGUCUGUCCUUUCACUGUUGUAAAGGCGGACUACUGGAAAGUGGGCCAGCUGCGCGCCGGGAACACGGUCAAAUUCGUUGCCGUGUCCUUGGAAGACGCUCUCUGGUCCCGGAAAGCAAACGAGGCAUACGUAGACAACAUUGUCAAUUGGCUGGCUUCUGGCUCGUUCGAGACGGUGCAAAGCCUUAACGCCACGCCAAUCUUAGAGGCGGCUGCAUCGGUACAGCCGGCAGUCAUCAAGCUCUCUGAAGCAACACCCAGCAGACCACGCACCGCCUACCGCCAGGGGGGAGAUGACUAUUUGCUAGUGGAUUAUGCACUCAAGCACAAGCUUGAAGCUAGCACUGGGCCCAUCCGCUUCUCCCCUACUGGCGAGGGCAUUUAUAACACGGUUUGUAUCGGAAAUUCCAUGAUGAUCUACUACAACGGAUUGGCCAUUCCCCAGUCCCAGUUACUCAACUAUCUUGUCGGUCUCGAAGACGACCUUGGCGAUCUGAGCUCCAUCACGAUGCCGAAUCGCACAUUCAAGUUGCCCCUGACCUUCACGCAUCCCCGGCUGGACCAAUCCAUCGAGCGGUACAUGGCGAACCAGAGGCCGUAUGCAAGUUACCUGCCAGACAACUUCAAAUUCGUCGCCGAGAACAAUGGUAUAACUCCAGAGGAGUUCCGCAAGCUAUGGCUCACGGCCGAGUUUGUAUGUAUAGGACUUGGAUUCUUCAUGGCCCUCCCCUUGGGCCUGCCUGCCGACCCGCGUCACCGCCUCAUCAGCCCCAAGAUGAACCCAUCCAGGACGUUUACCCCCGAAGGAACAGUGUCCUGGGGUGGAUCGUGCCUUGCCAUUUACCCAGUUGACUCCCCCGGCGGAUAUAUGCUCAAUGGCCUGACCCUUCCUUCCUGUGAUAAGCUUGGUUAUAAGAAGGGCUUUUCCCAAGACCGGCCCUGGUUGUAUGAGGAUAUGGAUGUUAUUACUUUUUACGAAGCAAGCCAAGAAGAGUACGACCGUGAGAUAGCCUUAUUUAGGAGCGGAAGGUAUGAGUUCAAAGUCGAAUCCACGACCUUUGACAUGAAACGACACAAUGAGCUGCUGAAGAGUACCAAAGAUGAGGUUUUGGUUAUUAAAAAGAAACAAGAAGAGGCUCAAGAGAGAAUGGUGAAUCUUGAAAAAGAGCUACUGGCUAAGUGGGACGAGGAGAAGAAAGCUAGUGGUGUGUCCAUGGAAAGCAUUCAAAGCUUGCUGGAUGAUCCAAAUAUUGAAACUAUUGAAGCACCUGUGAACGCAAAUGUGUGGAAGGUGCUAGUAGAAGAAGGCCAGGUACUUGAAAAGGGCCAAACCGUCACAAUCCUGGAGGCUAUGAAAAUGGAGAUCAAUGUUGUCGUUGAUGAUCGUCUCGUGGGCUCAAAGAUUGAGAAGUUACUGAUCCAGCCAAAUGAUAUAGUCCAAAGUGGAAAGCCUCUUGUGCUGGUUAGGACUGUAUGCUGA